CUAACGCCAACACAAGUAAAAGUUCUGAGCCACGAAACUUACUUCAACCCCACGGAUGCAGAUCCAAUCAAUCUCGUGACAACGGUCGAAUCGAUCCUCAACAAAAUCCGGAAAUCUGGCGAGACAAAACAUCUCAUUCGGCAACAGGUAACAACCUUGGUGAUGGCGCACAAACCACGCGUAAUCAUUACCCGAGGAGGGGAGAAUGUGCUCAAAACACUGAGGGCUGACACCAGCAUUGUGAUUCUCCCAGCAGAAAAAGGACGUUCCACAGUUGUGUUGGAUAAGACUGACUACAUCCAGAAAGCCAACGCCCUGCUGGAGGACCGGCAAGCGUACCUCCCAUAUGACGAUGCACCGAUGAGGAAGCUGAUGAAUCAACUGGACAAAAUGUUCACCGAAAUGCAAAGUAAGAAGGCGAUCACCAGAUCGCUACAACUGGCCAUCAAGCCAACAGACGCACCCGUAGCAAGCUUCUACGGUCUACCAAAGGUACACUAA